ACGCAGGGCUCCUUCUGGUUUCUAGUUACUUAGAAACUCGGGGCUUUCUUUGAGGGAGGCGGGCGAGGGGGCGGCGUUUUGGGAUCUUACGUUAAUUCAUAUGUUCUGGCAAGAGGAAGAGCCUCGACUCGCCUGCCCGGCAAUCCGUAACAAGGGAACGGGCUCUUAAAGGGCAAGGCCAUGCCUGGCUGGCUUGACAGAGUCCUUUGAUUCUUAGAAGCCAAAGGCUUCCCGUAGACAACUUGUCGGUCGCCAAGCUGUGAGGAAGACAUGCGCUUCCGAUAAUGGAGAUAAAGGAUUCGGGCAGCGUGGUGCUGACAGCCUACCAUUCUUACACUCCAUCCCGACUGCCGAGCUUCGCUCCAGAGAGUCCCCCAAGCCGGUCUCCUCUCAGGAAAUCUCUCCCUCGCUGCCAACGAAUUAGCAGAAUGCUCUCCAAUGAAUCCUUGCGCCCUCCCGUGUAUAGCCGUUCCAAUUCCCAAGCUUCUGUUGAUAGCACUUCCAUGGAGGAUUUCUGGUGUGAGGUAGAAAACAUCAAGGAGAACACAGAAGAAAGGCAAGAUGAGCAAACCUUGUUAGAAAUCAAGCCUCCUGACGAGGGUGAACUAGAAGCUGAAUGGUUGCAAGAUGUUGGUCUGUCUACAUUAAUAUCAGAAUCUGAAGAAGAUAAUGGGGAAGCAUUGCUAUCAACCUUGACCCGAACUCAAGCAGCUGCAGUGCAGAAGAGAUAUACCACAUAUUCUCAGACCAUGAGAAAGAAAAAUAAACACAUAAUCAGAGAUGUGCGUGAUAUCUUUGGUACCCAUAACUCCUCUCCUACAUUUGAAACUCUACCAGUGUUACCUGUUACAACCAAUAAUAUCGAUUUUUCUGUGCAGAAUCCAGAUUGGAAAAUGGUUAGCUCUAGUGACUGUAUGGAAUAUGAACUCAAUAAAGACAGCCAGAUGGAGAAAGAGGAGCUUUCCCUUGAAAUUUCAUUCUCAGAAUCAAUCAUGGUGGUUCCAAAACACAGAGAUUGUCACAAAAGUCAAAGGUUAAAAAAGGAUGAUUCUUCAUUACCUAAAUAUACAAUUAGGAAAAGUCGAAUUGGAUUAACUGAAGUUGAAGAUUUGUCUCCAGAGGACAUGAAGAAAAUUCGUUAUCUCUCUCUGAUUGAAUUAACAGCUGUCUAUGAUGCUUUAGGAAUAGAAUUGAAAAGGAACAGAACAGAAAGGAUGAAAAGGCGAGAAAAUGGCCUUUUUGGAGUUCCAUUAGCAGUGCUCUUGGAAAAUGAUCAAAAGAAGUUUCCUGGAAUUAAAGUCCCCCUCAUUUUUCAAAAACUAUUGCUCAAACUUGAGGAAACUGGUCUGGAAACAGAAGGUAUUCUUCGAGUGCCUGGAUCUGCUUCCAGAGUGAAGAGUCUUCGCCAAGAAAUUGAAGCCAAAUUUGAUGAAGAUGCUUUUGACUGGGAUCAAGUACGCAACAAUGAUGCAGCAGGACUGCUGAAGAUGUUUGUACGAGAACUACCAAGUCCUCUCUUCCCUGUGGAAUACUUGCCUGCUUUUAUCACAUUAGUAGAAAAAAUAUCCAAAAUCAAACUGCAGCUUCAGGCUUUGCAUCUGCUGAUCAUGCUCCUUCCCAAUGCUAGUCGUGAUGCAGCCAAGGCCCUUCUACAGUUUUUGAAGAAGGUAGUUGCUAAUGAAAAUAAAAAUAAAAUGACUUUAUGGAAUGUGUCCAUGAUUGUUGCCCCAAACCUCUUCAUCUACAAAGGCAAACAUGCCAAUCAAGAAGAGAUGCUAGCAGCAGCCACUACUGCUCAUGUUGUAAGGCUUUUGAUUAAAUACCAAGAUAUCCUAUGGAUUGUUCCAACAUUUCUGAUUACUCAAGUGAGAAAGAUGAAUGAGGCUGCAGUGAAUAAUACUAAAAAACAACUCAUGUUUGACAAGGGUGUAAGAAAACUAUUGAGAAGGAAAACUAUGGACCGGGAGAGACCAGAAAGAACAGAGUCUGAUAUACCUGAAGGUGUGAUAAGAGUCCAUGCUCCGCUGCAUUCAAAGGUUUCUAUGGCAAUUCAGCCAAAUAAUCAAACAAAAGCCAAAGAUAUUGUGGCACGAUUUUACUGUGAAAACAGACCUGGAUCAUCAGAAGAAUUGAAAAUGCCAGUCCAAAGUUUAUAUGAAAUUGGAGGAAAUAUAGGAGAACACUGUUUGGAUCCAGAUGCAUAUAUGCUGGACGUGUACCGUGCCAAUCCUCAAGCAGAGUGGGUAAUUAAAGAAAAAAGAAGUUCAACAUUUUAAAGACCUAUUGGUAGAGUGUUUGGGGACAGUGCAAAAGUCUCCCAUCAGGAGCCAUGUUGCCAUAAUGAAGCCAAAGCAGAUGUACCUUAUAUCUUUUAAACAUAAACUAAGUUUCAUGGUUCUGACUAAUGAAACACUUCAAAGAACUUCCAGGCAUGUUUAUCCUGAAGCCUUUAUUACCAGUGUUACAAAUUGACGGCAUAUCAUGGAGGUUUAUGCCAGAAUCUGAA